GCCGGGCCGUGCCGGGCACACACUGCUCCCUCCCGCCCGCCGCUCCGCUCGCACUCCUUCCCUCUCGCUCUCUGUUUCCCGGGACAGCGCCCGAAACUCGGCGGCGGCCGCGGCUCCCGACGGCUCCCGGACGCGGCUGUGUAUCAUCCUGAGCAAUGGCCCCCUUCCUACGGAUAUCUUUCAACUCCUUUGAGCUGGGACCUGUGCAGAAUCAAGGAGAACAACUCCAGCCUUUCUGUGCUAUCAAGAUGAAGGAAGCUCUGACUACAGAGAGAGGAAAAACUCUGGUUCAGAAGAAACCCACCAUGUAUCCCGAAUGGAAAUCAACUUUUGACGCCCACAUUUACGAGGGUCGGGUGAUCCAGAUUGUGCUGAUGAAAGCAGCAGAAGAGCCACUGUCUGAGGUGACUGUGGGUGUGUCAGUGCUGGCAGAACGGUGCAAGAAAGGCAAUGGCAAAGCAGAGUUCUGGCUUGACCUUCAGCCUCAGGGGAAGGUGCUGAUGGCUGUGCAGUAUUUUUUGGAAGAUGCAGACUGCAGACAGUCGAUGAGGGAAGAGGAGGGGACAGUUACUAUCAACAGGAGAGGAGCUAUCAAGCAAGCCAAAAUCCACUACAUCAAAAGUCACGAAUUCAUCGCCACCUUCUUUGGACAGCCUACAUUUUGCUCUGUCUGCAGAGACUUUGUAUGGGGACUCAACAAGCAGGGAUACAAAUGUAGGCAAUGCAAUGCUGCUAUUCAUAAGAAAUGCAUUGAUAAAAUCAUUGGGAGGUGUACUGGCACUGCAGCCAACAGCAGGGACACAAUGUUCCAGAAGGAGCGCUUCAACAUCGACAUGCCCCACCGCUUCCGAGUCUACAACUACAUGAGCCCCACCUUCUGUGACCACUGCGGCAGCCUGCUCUGGGGGCUCGUCAGGCAGGGGCUCAAGUGCGAAGAAUGUGGGAUGAAUGUGCAUCAUAAAUGCCAGAAGAAGGUGGCAAACUUAUGUGGAAUAAACCAGAAGUUGCUAGCUGAAGCUUUAAAUCAAGUUAGCCAGAAAUCUACACGAAGGUCUGAUUCUGGAUCUGUAGAAAGUGUUGGUAUUUAUCAAGAUUUUGAUAAGAAACAUAAAGCUCCAGGAGGAGACACAACAGCAGAUAACAGCGAGUACGACAAGCUCUGGGAGGUAAACACAACCAAGCCAGCGCCAAGAACUGCAAGGAGAAAAUUCAACAUAGACAGCUUUGUCUUCCACAAAGUGCUGGGGAAAGGAAGCUUUGGGAAGGUUCUGCUUGCAGAGCUGAAAGGGAAGAAUGAAUUCUUUGCCAUCAAAGCUCUGAAAAAGGACGUGGUGCUAAUUGAUGAUGAUGUGGAAUGUACCAUGGUGGAAAAGAGGGUCCUUGCUCUUGCCUGGGAAAAUCCAUUUCUCACACAUCUUUACUGCACGUUUCAGACAAAGGAUCACUUGUUCUUCGUGAUGGAGUUCCUGAAUGGGGGAGACCUGAUGUUCCACAUCCAAGACAAGGGGCGUUUCGACCUCUACAGAGCAACGUUUUAUGGAGCUGAAAUUUUAUGUGGGCUCCAGUUUCUUCACAGCAAAGGCAUUAUUUACAGAGACCUAAAACUGGACAACGUGAUGGUUGAUAAAGAAGGCCACAUCAAAAUAGCUGAUUUUGGAAUGUGCAAAGAAAACAUUGUUGGUGACAGCAAGGCGAGCACUUUCUGUGGGACCCCCGACUACAUCGCUCCCGAGAUCCUGCAGGGUUUGCGCUACACCUUCUCCGUGGACUGGUGGUCCUUUGGGGUGCUGCUCUAUGAGAUGCUGAUUGGCCAGUCCCCGUUCCAUGGGGAUGAUGAAGAUGAACUGUUUGAGUCAAUCCGAGUGGACACCCCUCACUACCCCCGCUGGAUCACCAAGGAAUCAAAGGAUAUCUUGGAAAAGCUCUUUGAAAGGGAUCCAGCAAAACGACUUGGGGUCACUGGGAAUAUCAGAGACCAUCCUUUCUUCAAAACAAUCAACUGGACAGCACUAGAGAAGAGGGAGGUGGACCCUCCCUUCAGGCCAAAAGUGAAAUCAGCAAGUGACUACAACAACUUUGACAGAGAAUUUCUGAGCGAGAAGCCAAAACUGUCUUACAGUGACAAAAACCUGAUUGAGUCCAUGGACCAGUCUGCAUUUGAUGGAUUUUCUUUUAUUAACCCGAAAUUUGAACAGAUCUUGAACAAGUAAGUCUCUGAAGAGCUGGACUUCGCAGCAGGGUUACAAACCAGACUCCCAAGUGUCAAUGCAUUCCAACAACGUCGAUACUUCAGAAUAAUACACCCUAGUGUGAUGAAUUAUGUUCAACACCUGAUUUAUUGGCAGUGUUUUUAUGCAUGGUUGGGUUUAAGGUAUGUGAAUCAUGUGCAUUAUUUUCUCUGUUUGGGAAAUGUAAAUUCUGUUUGGUACUUGAAUGUAGUUAUGUUAUAUAUAUGUGUGUGCUGUAUAUUUUGCUCAAGAGAAGACAUUGGGGAACAGAAGAUGUCUUUAUAAAAUGUGUUUGAGCCCUUGGUUCUUUUAUUUGUCUUCAAUUAAAAGAAAGUUUAAUGUAACUUUCAUUCACGGCUCUAUGAUUUUUAAAAAUAUACCAUUUAACUCCAGUGGUCUUUAAGGUACAGUGAAAAAAUAAUGCUUGGUCAGCCCUGCUCACUUUCUUAAAACAUUUCUUGUUUUUGUGAAUUAAACAAAAUGAAGUGUCAGGAGAAAGCAGAUUCCUAGUGUAACACCAGCUGCUGUGGGAAACAGCUCAAGGGGCUUUUGCUGAAUAAAUGCUUCAUAUUUAUUCCAAGGCAGUCCAAGCAUGAGACAAAGAGGCCUCAGCAUCCCAGAGCAGCCCCAUCCUGCCUGGGAAUGUGGGGUUCUGCCACUAAAUGCCACUUCCUGCUAACAGCCACAACAAUCACAGCAGGACAGAUCCCAGGUAAUGACUGUAGAAUUACUUGCCUGCUCUGCCUGAGGAAUUAUUUGUUUAACUGCCAAACACAAAAUCCUUCUUCCAGUUUUAUUUGCUUGUUUGUAACACAGCAGCUGUGGCUCCUCCUGCUUGCUGUUAGAAGGGCACAAAACCAGAUCCUGC